CUCGUGUUAUCGAAAGUUGUGUUGAAAUUUCAGAAGUCAUAUUAAAUUUGUUUAAAUACGCCGAUGGGGACCGUUUUAUUAUGGAGAACAAAAAUGAUAUAAAAGAAAUGGACCUGGGCCUAUCUCGAGCAGAUAUGUUGGAACAGCUCGAAAAAAGGCGAAUAUUUCUGGGCGAUGGCAAGGAUAUGCCGCUGGAUCGUCUGGAGGAUAUCUACCGCAAUUACAUAGUUCCCAAGCCAAAAAGAGAGCGCAAGCCGCGCAAUCCAAGUCCCGAUCCCAAUUUCAAUCCCAUUGAAAUAGAGCAGCUAGCGGAGCGCAUCAAGUCGGUUGUCAUAGUGGGACAGAAACGAGCGCAUGCAGAGAAUAAGAGCGACGACCAGGCCAAGCAAAUCAAGAUGGACCUGGACUGACCUCAUGCCGUUUGGCGAUAGCCAAUAAUGGCUUUCCAAUCACACUCUCAGCUUGACCAGUUAGCAAACACAAGCGGCCAGCAAGAUGAUCCAGCUGCUCCAGUUGCUUCUAUGUACUAUUCCACUCGUUGUGGGCGAGGUUCUGCCCCUGCAACUCGAUUUGGACAACAGUCAAAUUACCAUACGGCGAAGUGCCAGUCGCGAUGACAAAUUGCAGGUAUUCCACAGCAUCUGGGGCGCCAUUCGCUCCGACUUCGCCACCGAUACGGACAAGGUGAAGGGCCUGUACAGUCAGCUGGGCGGAUAUAUUCGCGACGAUGUGCAGUGCAGUAGCGGCUCCACGGGUCGAUCUGCCUGCGAGCUGCAGCAGGAGGUGCGACGCCACCUGCGGACCCUCAUGGCCCAGCGGCUGGCCAAUCUGUUGAACGCCGAGGAGAGCAUUCAGACAUACGGUAUGUACAUAGCGGCCAGUGUGGAGCCCGCCCUGGUCAGGGACAUUCUGGUGCACGCCAUCGAGGACGUGUACUUCCAUCGACCGCUGGAGAAGCUGGUGCAGCAGCUGGAGCAACUGUACGCGGAUCGCGACGAGGUCAGCUUUCGCACGAUGAUCGAGGCGCAAUUGGCGCUCUUCUGGCGCUAUCAGGCCAUGCAGGACAGCAGCGAGGCGUACCUGUUCAACGUCGCGCACAUGGUCAGCAAGAUCCGGAGCCAUCACAUGUACGCCAGCGUCGAUGCGGAUCUCCAGAAGCGAGUGGAGGCACUGAGCCAACGUCUGCCGCCCGUUCUAGACUUGCUCUUCGAUCCGCAGGGAUUCUGCCUGCUGAGUCGCUCCGAUCGCGAGUACAUCUACACGACCAUAACGGACGAGUGGAACUACGGUCUGAAUGGGCGGCAGAUGUUCUCCUGGCGCGAGAAGAACUUCACCGAUACCGCGGGCCUGACACGCGCCUUCGUCCAGGAGCAGCACUCCACGCCGCUCUUCACGCUGCGUAGCGAGCUCUUCAAGUGGUACUACUUCGUCGAUCCCAGCCAGGGCAAUCGCUUGGCCGCCCUGCGCUCCGGCAGUCCCAGCUCCUCGACCAGCACCUGGACCAUCGCCUACGCGGGCGACGCACUCAUCUUCCGGCAGCGCGAACUCACGCUCUGUGCUGCCGAAAAGUUCGACGACGAUCGUCGUCUGGUGAAGAUGCUGCCCGGCCAGAUGCACACGCCGCCAUCGGAGGCUUGCCAGUGGCUACCGAUCGCCUGUGCUCCGCCAAAAUGAGCGGGAUGGCUGUACCCUGGAAUGUUUGCAACAAAUAAACUUAUGCAUUAGUGUAUAAGUGUUUUUAUUCCUAGCCAGUCAUGAAUAAUUAAAUAUAUAAUUUGUAUU